AAAAUCGAAAAUAUAAUAAAAUUGAAAUAAAGAAAAGAAUAUACACAUACAUGUAUAAAAUAAUGUAUUAGAUAACAAAAAUUUUCUAAUUGAGUUAAUUAAAAUAAAUUAAAUGAAAUCCUGAAAAAAAGUGUAUACUAUUAUAACAUUAAAGUGAAGAAAAAAUAAAAUUUUUCUUUGUGGCCAUAAUUUUCAUAUUAAUAAAAUUUUAAAAUAUUUAACAAAAAAUUAUUUUAAAUCAUACUAAUUUAUUAAUUUUUAAAUAAUAAUAUAAUUGCAUUUAUUAAUGUUCAAUUUAUGAUUAAUUAAAAAUAAUUUUUAAAUUUAAUUUUAAUACAAAAUAUUUUUCUAAAAAAUUAUCCUUUUUUAAUUGUGCUAUUCUUAUAUACAUAUAUUUUAUUAAUAUUAUUAUAUUUUCAAAAGGUUGUUUUCUUUAUACAUUAUUAUGUAUAAUAUGUACAUAAGUAAAUAAAUGUAUACAUAUAUAAUAUUAUGAAUUAAAAUAAAGUGAUGUUAAUCGGAAAAUGAUAUAAUGACUAAGGACGGGGAAAUACCCGCUAUUUUCAACCCAAAACGGGUUAGAACACCAUCAGUUGUUGUUACUGGUGAUUCACCGAAUGGUCCAUAUGGUGGAUUUACAAAUAUAAUUGAGGCAAAUAAUCCUUCACAAUUAACGCAACAAGAUUCAUUAACAUCAAGUCAUGGCGGUAAUGAACCUAACGAAAAUACAGGUAAUACUCAACCAUUACAGAUGACACCAAGCGGCGGUGUCGGUGGUUGUUUACCCAUUGAACAAAAUACACAAAUAACACCACGUACUGGUGGUGGUACAGCACCUAGUGAAAAUGAUGAUUUUGAAUCACCUGGCACUGAAAUUCCACAAUCACCAAAUGUUCAUAUUAGAAGACUUAGAGCUUGUAAAGAAUCAUGCUGUUCUGAAUUGGCACAAAAGAUGUAUUUUGGAGUUUGUGUUACAAUUUUAGUAACAGCAUCAUGGGUUGGUGCAACCCAUUGUAUAAAAUUUCUUUAUUUGAAUGUAUUUCGUACACCGACAAUCGAACCAACAACAAGAGAUUCUGAAAAGACUUCAUCUGUUCUAACAUCAGAAAUUGAUGAAAGAGGUGGCAGUAAUGAAGAUAAUUCAACAUCCGGAUUUUUAUUAACUCAUCAAUUAGGUCAAUUAAAAACUACAGCGUCAGUUUUUAAUGCACCAUUCUUUGCGUCAUGGUUUUGUACAAAUUUUUGUUUUUUCUUCUUUCCAAUUUAUAUUCUUGGCAGAAUAUCUGUUCGGAAAUGUGAUAAGCCAGGUGAAAUAUUAGGUGACGUUUUACGAGGUUUUCGUGAUAGAGGAUUUACGAUUGGCCGAUUCUUAAACCGUUGUAUUACAUUUUGCAUUCUAUGGGUUCUAACAACAUACUUAUAUGCUAUGUCAUUGCGCUCUUUAUUAGCUACCGAUGUAUUAGCAUUAUUCGCCACCAAUGUCGCAUGUGUCUAUUUAUUAUCAUGGGUUAUUUUGCAUGAGCAGUUUGUAGGAGUGAGGAUUGUAGCUGUAAUAUUAUGUGAUACAGGAAUUGCUCUAUUGGCGUAUAUGGACGGUAUAACCGGUAGUCCAACUUUGGCUGGUGUCGUUUUAUCAGCAUUGGCGGCAGCUGGUUAUGCUGUUUUUAAGGUUAUGUUUCGAAAAGUAAUGGGUGAUCCACCGAUUGGACAAAUUGCAUUUACAUUUUCAAUGUUAGGUUUUUUAAAUGCAACCUUAUUAUGGCCAGUAUGUGUCGGAUUAUAUUUAACUGGUACAGAGGUUAUGCCAUUUGAUCGACUGCCAUGGAUAAUAUUAUUAAUAGCCAGUAUUUUACUUUUAGUUUUCCAUAUUUUAACUCAAUUUAGUGCUGCAGUAACGUACAAUAUGUUUGUCACAUUGGGAUUAAUAACAGCAGUUCCAGUUUCUGGAGCACUAGAUGUAAUCCUUUAUAGUGCAACAUUUGCUGGUAUGAAAUUAGCUGGUGUUAUAUUAAUUGCGGUUGGAUUCUUUCUUGUUAUGUUUCCAGAAAAUUGGCCUGAUUAUAUUACAAGACUUUUAAGAAAAACUGGUCACGCUAUACUCCGUUGCCAAUGUUGUUGUGAAUAUGCUGAAAUUGAAAUCGAUAAUUCGAAAUAUCAUCUUGUUGGGUCACAACGCGAGUUUCAGAACUUAUACAUAUAAUCGAGGCUACGAAUACAUUUACAUACCGAGUAGUAACGAAGUAGGGGAAGAAAUGUGAUGUCAAAUACUUAUAGAUUCUGUUGAUUCAAUGCCAUUAGAUUAUGAAUGUUAAUGAAUAUAAUAUACAUAUAUAUGAAAUGUUAAAAAAGAAGGAUUUAAAAAAAAAAUUAAAAAGAUGAUAAAUUGAUGAGUCAAAUUAAAAUUUGUUAAAUAAAAUAAUAAAAAACAAACUAAACAUACAAAAAAACAAAAAGAUAAAGGCAUAUUGAAACAAAGUUGUAUAGUAUCCUGUAACAAAAUACAAGUAUACACAUAUAUUAUUUAAACAAUUAAAUAUGUAUAUAUGUAUGCAAAAACAUGUACAUAUAUAUUCUAAAAAAAAAUGCAUUAACACAUUAACAAAUAAAAGGUAUAGAUAUGAUUAAAAUUAAAUAAAGUAUUUAAAUAUUGAAAAUUUCAAUUUGUCAAUUUUCAUUUGACAUUUUGUAAUAUUACAUAAUUGUUUUGUUGUGUGGUAUAAGCGUGCACAAUACAAAAAAAAAAAUAAGAAAAAAAAAUGCUUCUUCUGCUACUUGUGGCCAAUUUGUUGAUUAAAAGAAAACAAAACAGUUUGUGAGAGUGGUAACACUUCUAAUUUUAAUAUUUUAAAGUAUAUUUUUGCAAAUAAUCAAUUUAUGAAAAUUUUAAAACAAGAAAUGCUUCCUCAUUGCUUUUUAAUGUGUUUGCUUUCAAGAAAAUGUAUAAAAAAAUUAAGAAAUUAUUACUGUAGAAAAUUGAAUUCUUUCAACAUUUUUCCAAUUAUAUAUUUUUUUUUUAUAUGUGAGUUAAAACAAAAGUUUGGUGUUAAUAUUUUUCUUUUACGCAAUUUCAGUAUUUCAGUAAUGCAAAAGGAACAAACAAAAAAAAUCCCAUUAGCACAUCCCUAUAAGCAAUUUAAAAAUUUUAUUUGAGUAAAAAUUUAAAGUAAUAAUGGCUUUAAUAAUUUUCUUAAUUUUAUUGCAGUAAAAGUUUGUUAUUUCCAAAAAAAUGUUGAAAUGCUUUAAUUAAGUUUUCAUUAUUUUCCAAAAACAUCCCUAAAUCAACAAAACCCCUAAAAGUCAGAUUUAAAACCAAAGAGACUUAUAUACAAUAUUAAUUUUACACUAUUUAAAGGGUUAUUUUACACUAUAUAAAAAUUUAAAUUAAAAUGCAAUAAAGAACUGGAAAUACACGUUUUUCCAUACUUCUUCGAACUGUUUUAUGACUUUCUUUAAAUUAUUUAUUUUUCCUCAAUAAUAUAGCGGUCAGUUUCUGCGCCUGUUACAAAUAUAUUUAUAUUUAUGGACAACCAAAGAAAAUUGUAUUUGAUAGGAACAGCAAAAUAUAUAUGAGGAAAUUUUCAUUAUUUAGAUCUGUUCAAAUUUGCACAU